AUGUAGAUUCGAUGUACUUAAGCUGAUCAUCGAAAUCAAUAAAUACUAGGGAUUUGCAUAGAUAGUGUAUGCCCAAAUUAAAGACCCUAUUGUAAUUUUUGUUUGCCUCGCCAUAAUCAACAUCUUGAAAAGUUAACAUCUUUCGAACUUUUAUCUGAAUGGAUUAAGGAAAGAAUUCUUUAAGUUCAGAUCAUUUAAAAUAGUGUUUAUGAGUGUAAAAUUGCCCUUGAUCGUUUAAUUAAUUUGUUCAUUCCUUAUAAUAACUUAGCUGUUUCAUAAUUCCCAGAAUUAGGAGUAUCACAGAUUGACUAAUUAAUAAAAGGUUUAUGUUUAUAAGAUUGCGAAAAAUAGUUAUUUAAAUAAAUGAAAGAAUCAAUUGAAUAAAUAAAAUCAACUGUAAAUGAAAUUCUUAAAAAGAUAAAGAAUCAAACAAAUGUAAAGUAAGAUGAUAAUGUAUAAAAUCCAAACUUGAUUUUCUAAUAACCAAAACAUCAACCUGAAUUAAAGCCAAAUCUAAACCCAUUCACCUUUGAAAUCAUGAAUUAAAAUUCAAUUAAGUAAAAUGAAAGGUGUUAUGCUAUUGCUUUUAAUAAUGAUUGCUCAAUGGUGAUAGCUGGAUGUCAUAAGAAUAUUAAAGUAUUUCAAAAUAUAUAAGGGAAACUGGAUUAAAUACAAAUACUAAGUGAACAUAAAGAUUAUGUAAAUACUUUGAAUUUCAUGAAAAAUACAAAUAAUUUUGUAUCUGGAAGUGAUGAUAAGUCAAUUAUAAUAUGGUAAGAGAUAGGAAAUAGUUAAUGGAAAUGUUAAUAAAUAUUGAAUGGACAUUCACAUUUUAUAUAUUGUUUAUAAUUAAAUAAUACUGAUGAUCUAAUUAUCUCAGGUAGUAAUGAUAAAACAAUAAAAUUUUGGAUGAAAUAGGAUAAAUGGAUGUGUUAAUAAACCAUAACAGAUCAUACUAGUUAUGUAUAUUCAUUAAGCUUAAAUGAUCAAUAAAAUAAAUUGAUAUCUUGUUCAUGGGAUUCAUAAAUAUUAGUAAUAGAAUAAUAAAAGUUGGAUAAUAAAUGGAAUGUUACAUAAAAGAUAAUAGUAGAUAAAUGGGGUCUAAGAUUAUGUUUUAUUAGUGAUAAUUAAUUUAUAUUCUAACCAAGAUGUUAAGAAUAUAUUGAUAUAUAUGAGAUGGAUAUUAAUACUAAAUAGUAUAGCAAGACUAAGCAAAUUGCUGUAAAGUGUGGUUUAAGAGAUGAAAAUAUUUUCUUUCCAUAAUAAUACUUAAAGUCUAAAUGUAUUCUAGUGAAUAAGAAUGGCAGUAAUGUUAAUUUAAUGAGGAAGAAAGAAAAUGAUGACUUUAUCAUUUAAUAAUCUAUUGAAUUUAGUACUUAUCUUAUUUUUGGAUAAUUAAGUCAUGAUGGAGAGUAUUUGAUCACUUGGGAUAAUACAUCAAAGGAGAUAUAAAUAAGAAAAUUUAGAUAAUUAUGA